ACUACAAAAUUGAGUAUGGUUAGUCAGUCAGCGUAUUUGUAAGUUAGAAGAUCAUUUUCGCAUUGAUAACACUGUAAAACGUCGCGCGUCGUCUUUCGCCGUCGUCGUCGUUGUCACUGUCUUCGGCUUUUAUUGUUAUCGCCGACAUUUUUGUUGUUGUUGUUUUUUUUUUCAUUCGUAGUUCCAUAUAGUCUAUACUUUCGGUAAAAGUUCACCGGAUACGGAUCGCAGUGCGCCCUCCAAACAGGUGCUAACCGAAUAUUAUCAGAAAUUUUUAGCGGGUUUUUAACGAUUUUUUAAUUUGUGUUUUUAUUUUUGGACAUUUGUAGAACACAUGAGUUAAAUAAAGCGUGACAAAUAUAUGCGAUAUAAGUGGGCGAGAGUUGUUGUUCAUUUUUUUUUUGAUUGAUUGCAGUAAUUUGACAAAGCGAUGACGUAAUAAAAAUUGAAAAUAAUAGAAAAUACGUCAAUUUUUUAGGGAUACCAACAUAUAGACGCUAACACGUUUCAUCCAGUCAUCCGUCAAUUUACGACAUUUUGGGAUUUUUUGAUAGAAGAUUUUAGUUUUGUGCAAUUCAAGUGAUAUACCCGGGACCGAUUGCGGAUAUUUUUAAGCCAUUCAUUUUCGUUAGUUUAUUUUUAAGGAAGUUUUGUAUACGAAGGUUUUAAAACGUGAUAAAAAUCGUAAAUUUUUUUGGUUAGUAAAUUAAAAAAGGAAAAGAUUUAUGUUCGUAGUAAAACAGAAAGAGAUAGCAAAAUAAACAAGUGUUUCUAAAACAGCUAAUGAAGUCAAAAUAUUGAUGUUGAAACAAUUUAAACUAAAAAAGGUUUUAAGCAAAGUUGUAAAAAAAGGUGGAAAAUAUUUAAGUGAACUUUUCUCUUGCACAAUUUUUCGUUUCAAUUAAAAGGUGUAACACAAAAUUAUUUCGUUAAUUUUGCAUACGAUUACCACGGAUUUUUGUUGCGAAUGAGACAUCUCAAGAUGACAAAUAUGUAAGCCGUUGCUGUUACAGCAAAAUAGUGAGAACAAGAUAACUUCGCAAAUCUCUCCAAUAUAUUCGGACAUUUCCAUGCAGAUGACUAAGAAAUUGGAAACGUUUCCGAAAAGAAUAUUAUGACGUGCUGAUAUUUUAGAGAAAAACAUUCAUCUGAAACAUUGUCUUCAAUCAACUGAAUAUAUGUCAUCAUGCGGUCAAAACAACAGCCACGACAAGCGUGUUCAUAUCGAUGGCUGAAUAAAGAAGAAACAGACGAGGUUGAUGACGGCGUCGACAGUCCAAACGAACAUCAGCAUCCCAAAGAUGUAUUAUCGUCUGGGUCAGCUAGUCCAUCUUCGCAAAAUUCACUAGAGGUUUCCACCGCCACACUACCACCGCAAACAUCAGCAAUGCUACGAGAUCCGGAACAUCAACUAUCACCCGAAUUCCCUAUUCAUUUGAUACGACGACCGCCACCACAUUUGAUUGAUUCACAUGAUGAUGUUGAACAUCGAAUACCAGCUUCAUAUAUAGAAGAUCCAUCCAACGUUGCAAAACGUGAAAUGGCCAGCCCACGAUGCCAUUCCAGAGACUCAUCAGUUGGACGCUGUCCGUCAGACGAUUCAAAUUAUUCCGGUCGCAAUUCAGCCGCUCCAAAUCGAUCGACGAGUCCACCAUUAGCAAUUUCACUACCGGCAACAUUACCACCCAGUGCAGCCGCCUCACUACUUCCACCACAAUCGGCUGCAAUGGCCGCGUAUUUGGGUGCGGCUGCCGUUGCCGCUCAACAGAAUCGAUUGCUACUAGGCAAUCAUCCGUUAGCAUUAGGACGUAACAAUAGUUCACCGCCACCAAUGUCACCACCGUUGAGCAACGAAUCGUCGGUGUUGGACUUUAGCACGAAACGAAAGCCGGAGUAUGAUGACCGGAAAAGUGAUAGUGAUGCGGUUAAUUUAAGUAAAACAGACAAUGGACCAUUAGAUUUGACAAUGAGUCGGAAACGUUAUAAUUCGUCACCGCCACCACCAUCACGAAAAAUGUCUCGACCAUUAGAUUAUAAACCAUCGGUAGUAUCACCGUGGACAUCGCCAAUGACCCCAUACUUUGCUGCAGCUGUGGCCGCAGCAAGUCUAUCACCAAAAAAUCCCAGUGUCGCCGAAUGGAAUGGGAAAAAUAAAAUGACGCAAAACGAUGCGACGAAAGCACUGGAGAAAAUGUCUGAACUGAGUCGAAUAGGUGGCAACGAAGUCGGUAGACAAAACAGUAACAGUAGUGCCAAUUCGGGUAGACAUAGUGCAUGGCAAUCGCAUUGGUUGAAUAAAGGAGCCGAUUCGGUUAAAGAUGUUUUCAAAUGCGUUUGGUGCAAGCAAAGUUUCCCAACGCUAGAAACACUGACCACACACAUGAAGGAAACACAACAUAUGGGCGUGAAUAUGCCCCAUUCGGGUAAUAACAAUUCGUCGCAACCAUCUCACCAGUCACAUCACCCGUCGCCCACAUCGACAUCAUCGAAUUCGGCACAAUCCAAGUCCGAUUUGAAUUUGUUAAUCAAAGAGACAAUGCCCCUGCCGAGGAAAUUGGUUAGGGGACAGGAUGUGUGGCUCGGAAAAGGUGCUGAACAAACGAGACAAAUUUUGAAGUGCAUGUGGUGUGGACAAAGUUUCCGCUCGUUGUCGGAAAUGACGACCCACAUGCAACAGACGCAGCACUACACAAACAUCAUUUCUCAGGAACAAAUAAUUUCGUGGAAAUCUUCCGAUGAUACAAAAGGUGGCAGCGGUGGUGUAAGUGGUGGAUCGAACGCCCAAGGCGCUGCUACAGGUGCAAGUAGCACUGUGAGUGCUGUCCUCACAUGCAAGGUCUGUGACCAGGCAUUUUCCUCACUCAAAGAUCUUAGCAAUCACAUGGUGAAAAAUGCACAUUACAAGGAGCACAUCAUGCGAUCGAUUUCCGAAAGCGGUGGCAGACGUAGACAGACUAGAGAAAAACGCAAAAAAUCGUUGCCAGUUCGUAAGCUGUUAGAAUUGGAACGAGCUCAGCAUGAGUUCAAAAACGGAGAUAGCAAUUUGUUGAGCAAAGCAAUGCGAGAUGUUGGCUCGGGUAGAAUUACAUGUGAAAAGUGUGGCGAUAAGAUUGACACAGUCAUGUUUGUUGAGCAUAUCAGGCAAUGUGUUGGCGGCGAAGUUAUCAGUCCCCAAAGGAAUAGCUUGAAAUCAGCCUUAGCUGCGAAUAGUAUUAUUUCACCGGAUUCGAUAAGUCCAUUAACACCGAGUAGCCGUGACGGAAGGAAGAGUAUCGGCGAUGAAAGCACAUCACCAGGAUCCAGACAUAUAUCUCCCAAUGCCAUUUCACCAAUAUCCAAAGACGGUAGCGGUGAGAAAAACAAUUCUCCGUCUGUGCUGAACGCUCUGGAACAGCUGAUCGAAAAGAGUUUUGAUACACGAACUCGUCAUGGUAACACCGGCGCUUAUGCAACCAAUAAUCAACAAAGUGCUCCUUUAGGCUCGAGUAUUUUAAAGCGACUAGGAAUCGAUGAGAGCGUCGACUAUACCAAACCGUUGAUCGAUUCUCAAACGAUGAACUUUUUGCGCUCAUACUCGCAACAAAGUUCGACUCCAUUCAGUCGUCGAGAAAGAAGUGGCAGUGAAUCGAGUUCGGUGUCAGAUCGAGCCAGCAGCAGAAUGAAUUCUUUAACGCCCGAACGGAAAGUGGAUCUGUCGAAUCACGGUACACCAAGAGCGACACCCGAUAAACUCAGCCAUGACGGUGAAGACGAUUCAUCCAAAUUGAACAUAAAAAGUGAGCCCGUCGAAGAUGAGGAGACUGGAAAAGCUAACGAAAACGAACCGCUAAAUAUUUCGAUCAAAAAGGAGAUCGAUGAAGACGAUCGACCGCACAGCAUAAAGCAGGAGUCAGAUGUAGAAAAUUUAACAAAACGUCGACCAAGCUCUGUGUCUAGUCCAGCUGCAUCCCCGCGACAAUCAACGCCUAUCGGACACCAUACACCAAUGGCUAGUCCGAGUAGCGAUCGAUCUCCAACACCUCGUUCAACACCCGGACUUGCAAACUCCGAAAAGAAAUCGGCCGGUGGAAGUCUAGGUGCACUGUCGUCAAUGUUCGACAGCCUAACGGGAUCGUCAUCGACAGCCAAUUCUGACUCAGCUAGUCAACAGAAAAAGGGUAGCUCACAUCCGCUAGCAGCCCUCCAAAAACUAUGUGAUAAAACCGAGAACACUCCUCAAGCAUCGCGACAAAAUCAGUCUGCAACCACCCAACCAUUGGCCGCACCAACCCAACCAAGCGGUGGCACUGCAUCCGGUGCCAUACUAGCAUUCAGUUGGGCAUGCAACGAUGCAGUUAUGACAUCCGACUCAAUCAUCAAAUGUGCAUUCUGCGAUACACCGUUCUGUUCGAAAGGUGCCUAUCGACAUCACCUGUCCAAAGUGCAUUUCGUCAAAGACGAACUCAUCGACUCCAGCAUUCCGGCAAAAUCACAGUCUAAGUCACACGCAACGCCAGUACCAUCGGCACAUUCGCCGAAAAGUACCGCAUCGACGAGCAGCGGUAAUGGUGUUGGCAAUGCAACGAAAAGUCCAACGCCACCGCUGGCACCGGCCACUGGAUUCGAAGAGAGUCCACAUUCGAAAUUUCUCAAAUACACCGAACUGGCGAAGCAAUUAUCAUCCAAAUAUGUUUGACGUUCUUAACUUGAGCAUGGUGGGUGUGUCCAUGUCCAAUGAACCGUGUCAUCGUACGUAAGGUAAAAUUGUGUAAGUGAAAUAUUUAAGCGGUGAAUGAAAAAACAAAUAAUUUUCUUUGAAGAAAACUAACAGAAACAAACUGAGAACUGCAUUUUUGAAUUGCUUCAAUCCAAUUGAUUAUUAUGAACACUAUAAACAGAAAAGAAAAGUUUAAAAAAAAUCUUGUGAUGCCACAUAUCUUAAUUUACGAGAAAGUAAAAGAAAAAUUAAAAAAAAUCGAAAAUUAAACUAAGGAAAAUAAUUAUUUUAAGGUCUCUAGUGAAAUAAAAAUGAGUAAGAGGAGAGUACAUUUCUUCUGAAUAAUCAAAUAAAAUUGCAAAAGAACAACAUCUUGGUUAUAAAGGAUAAGCCUGACUAAUUAAACAAUGUACAGAAAAGUGCUUAGGUUUUAAGAUCUUCACCAAAAUGAUUCUCAUCCAAAAUGCAGUGCAAAUCUGGUACUUCAAUUUGUUUAUUUGUGUUUGUUCUUUGUUUCCCUGCCAUUCGAACAAUAAAAAUCGAACUCAAAAUUUGAAAGCAUUUACAUCACCCAGCCGGAAAUGUACUUAAUCGUUCAUUUUUGCAAAAUAAUAUUUAAAAAGAAGAGCAAGGAAAACUCAAUCAAAACUUGAAACAAACAAACCACAAAAUAUUGUAAAUAAAAGAAAAAGAAAAAAAAUUUCAAAAAUUUUUUGACUCAAACUCAAAGUAUACAAAAAUUGUUAUACGAAACAAGAAACUGAAUCAGUAAAAAACAAAUUAAUAAAAUUAAGAGAUAAAGAGAAUCAAUUUUCGAUUAUAAUAGCAGACUUUGUUUUAACUCAAUUCGUUUAAUUCAGGUUAAAUUAGCAACAACAAUCCGGGGAUGCAUUUAAUAUUUUAUGAUUUUGUGAUGUAAAACAAACAAACUUUAGAUGAAUCGUAACGUAACUUUACUGUUUUUGUGCCAAAAUUUAAAGGAAAAAUUAUUAUUUUUUAUAUGUGACUUAGUGUCACGUGCCACAUUUCUUUGCGAUGAUCAAAAAUGAUUGAAAAUCUUCGAUUUAAGUGUAUGAUUCACAACAUUCAAAUUGAUAAUUAAAGCUUUUUGCAUGCGAAAAUCGUUCUUUUCAUUGAAUUUCGUGAACUUGCGAUGACCCUCGCAUUUAAAAUUCGUUGUUUCAUCCAGGACUUAAUUCGGAAAAACUCCGAUUAAUUCUGAUAAAAUUCGGAAAUUUUCUUCGGAAUUUUUUUUGAACUUUUUCCGGAUUUUUUACUCUUUGCGUUAACUUCGCUCAUCUUCUUUUUGUCACAUUGAUCUAUUGUAACAGAUUUUUCCUAAUAAAACCAAUAGUAAUCAGCUCGAGGCUUCGAAAUAUUUCUCGAAUUUUCUUGCAUUUCUUUACUUUUCUUGAAAUCUUUCCUUAACUUUAAGCAGUGAUUUUGAACGUGUCUUUCCAAGGCUCAUUCAAGUUAAAUCGCUUCAAUUAAUGAUAAUAUUUGCUAAAAAUCCAAUUUAUUUUCAAAAAAGACGUUCUUGGUGUCAUUUUGAUGGGGAAGGAAUGUUCAUUGAGGCAGAUGAUAAGAUUAGUGAAGGAGCCAACAGAUUCACCAAUUCCCCGACGUAGGUCAUAAAAGCUUUUGAAUUUUCUCAGUCGCAUUUGACAUCUUUUUAUAUGAAAAUAAAUUCUCCAGAGCUUCAUUCACAAGAACAAUAUUUUCUGAUUACGUCUAAUUCAGAAGCUGUAAGCAAAGUCUGACGAAAUUUUGUCGGAAUUCGUUUCCUUUCGCCAGACAAAUGUUCCCUGACAAUAAAUUCUUUGGUUCUAAAGGUAGCCUGUUUUAUACUUCAAAUUUCACAACUUUAAAACUUUCGAGUCUCUAGCGUUAUAAAAAGUUAUUCAACUAGCCUUUCGAACGCGAUUUGUUACUUUUAUAUCGUUUUAUUUUCAUUUAUUUUUGUUUCAAUUGCGAACGGAAUCUACCGAAUCAGUAGCUUUGAAAAUCGAAGAUUAUACAACCAACAAUUGUGCCAGCCCAAUAGCAAACAACAAAAGAAUAUUUAUACGUUAGCCCAUUGCACAGUCACAAAAUGUAUACCG